CUGAACUCAAACCAGGUGAUGUCGCGCGCUCAAAAUGGAUGUCGGGGCGGUAGUCGUGGAACCAAGGAACCACUCCUCAUUGACGCGGUCAUUGGCAAGGUGGUUAAACGCAACCGUCGGAACCUCUCCGCCGCCUGGAUAGACUACAAAAAGGCAUUCGACUCGGUGCCUCAUACAUGGCUUAAGAGGGUCCUCGAGCUGUACAAGGUUGACGGUACAGUUCGAGACUUCCUCGGGCAGUGUAUGGGGCAAUGGAGUACGAUCCUUUGUCAUCUAGGCGAGCGGAUGACGGCUGCGGAGAACCACAUAAGGAUAAGAAGGGGUAUCUUCCAGGGCGAUUGUUUGAGUCCAACCUGGUACUGCCUCUCUCUGAACCCUCUCAGUACCUUACUGGAGGGCUCCGGGAGGAGAUUUCAGCUUCGGAGAGGAGGUACAAAAGUGACCCACCUUUUCAAUAUGGAUGAUCUCAAAUUAUUCGCCUCCAGUCACUCUCAUCUUAAGGAAUUGCUAAACAUCACUUGUGAUUUUAGCAAUUCUAUUAGAAUGGAGCUGGGGACGGAUAAGUGUGCGAUCCUCCAUGUCGAAAGGGGAAGGGUUGCUAACUCUGAGGGCAUAGACUUAUCUAUGCCCAUCAGCAUAAGGACCCUUUCCGAAGCUGAAACAUACCGAUACCUGGGUAUGUCACAGAACAUCGGUGUAGAUGAGUCGGGUAUGAAACGAAUAGGAGCUGACACAGAAGUUAAAAGAGGUCGUCCCAGUACCAGUUCUUUAGAGAACGAAAUACAGGCGAAAAGGAAGAGGGGACCAGCAGUUGUUGCUCUACCAAAGGACAUAAGAAAAGACGGUGUUGAUCAUUGGCCACAAGUUGGAGGUUCACUACGUUGUAAGUACCCGCAGUGUAAGGGAAAUUCUACUAUAAGAUGCAGCAAAUGUGGAAUCAAUCUGUGUCUUAAUAAAAACAAUAAUUGCUUUGAAAAUUAUCACAAAGACUGA